UGUUUCCGUGGGGCAGUUGUUGCUGCCCCUCAGGCCAUGCAGCGAAGGCGCCACGGAGGCCUCUGCACCACGGGGGGCACAGUGCAGGGGCCGGAGCCGAGGCACCCCAUCGCCAGCGACUCGGAGGACGACGAGACAUGGCGGUGCCCGACUGCCGGCAACACCGCCUCACCCCAAGUUGUGCCAGAGAGCGACCCGGAGGAGCCAGAUGUGUGCCCAGACAUCCGUGUGCUCCGAAAGCGCCGCCCCACCCCAGCCUUGGGCCUCCACACAGAUUUGGCCCAAUCGCGCCUGGAUCCGGACGUCGGGGGACCCAAAAAGCGCCGUUUGUGUCCCAAAACUACCCCGGCUCCAGAUGUGGGGAGCAAAACGGCUAUUUCAGACAUUCGGCCCCAAAAUCACUCCCCAGACCCGAAAGGGCAAGUGGAUCCAGAUGUGAAGCACCUGGGAGGCAGCACAGUGGCUCUUGGCAUUGAAAGCGAUACAGAUGACGAGGUGCACCCAAAAUCUGCUCUUUUUCACCCUAACCGUCACCAGGCAGCCCUGGAGGCGAGCGGUGACCCAAAUGUGGAGAAACGAGGCCCAAAUCCAGGUGCUGAAGGUGCCCAAAAUGGGCGUUGGAUGCUCGCGGUGGACAGCGACACGGACGUGGAGGAGGCUGACGUUCUUCCGUCUGUUGGAUGCCCAAAAAUACGUCGAAAGGCCCACAGGGUGCCAAAAGCCCCAGGUGUGGAGAUGAAGCCCCCAAAUCCAGAUGCUGGCAGUUCGAAAAAUGGAUUCCAGACGCUCGUGGUGGAUAGUGACACGGAUGUGGAGAUGGAGAGCUCGAAUUCAGCUGUGGAGGAUCCCCAACGUGGACAUCAGGCGCCCAGGGUGGACAGUGACACAGAUGUGGAGGAAGGUGGAGCAAAUCCAGCUGUUGGGCUGGCCAAAACCCCUCAAAUGACCGAAAACACCCCAAACUCUUCCAACAUAAAGAUGAAGAGCCCACGUCCAGCUAUUAAAGGCCCCCAUAAGGAACAUCCACCGCUCACAGUAGGCAGCGAUACCGACGUGGAAGAGGACAAAGCAAAUCCAGAUGUUGUGUGCCUCCCAACCCCUCAAACGACCCAAAAUGCACCAAAACCCCCAAAUAUUGAGAUGGAGACUCCAAACCCAGAUGCUGACGGAUGCCAAAAGGAGAACUGCAUGCUUGUGGUAGACAGCGAUACAGACGUAGAAGACAACAUCCUUCCAGAUGUUGUCAGCCCAAAACCCCAUGCAAUGACCCCCAGAGACCCAGGUGUGGAGACCCGAGGUCAAGAUGCUGAGGGACCCAAAAUGAGACGCCAGUCCCCACUGGUGGACAGUGAUACAGAUGUGGAUGAGGACCCUUCGAGUGCAGAAGCUAGGGAUCCAAAACCACAUCAAAUAACCCAAAAUGCACAGAGGAACCUGGAUGCAGAGAUGCAGACCCUGAGUCCACGUCCUGGAGAACCGCAAAGUGGGCACGAGAUGCUCAAAGUGGACAGCGAUACAGAUGUGGAUGAAGACCCUUCCGAUCCAGAAGGUAGGGAUCCAAAACCACAUCAAAUAACCCAAAAUGCACAGAGAAACACGGAUGUGGAGAUGGAGACCCCAAGUCCACAUCCUGGAGAACCGCAAAGCGGACACGAGAUGCUCAAAGUGGACAGCGAUACAGAUGAGGAGGAUGGGCUGAAUCCAGAUGUUGGGUGUCCAGAAACCCAUAGAAUGACCCCAAAAAUCCACAGUGAUUCAGACGUAGCAAUAAAGACCCCAAAUCCUGAUCUUGAAGGUCCCCAAAACAGAGGCCAGAACCUGGAGGUGGACAGCGACACAGAUGUAGAGGGAGAAGACCUGAACCCAGAUAUUCCUGGCCUGAAAAACCACAAAACGCCCCAAAAUGCCCAGAAGGACCCAACUGUGGUGAUGGAAACCCCGAAUCCAGAUGUUGUCGGCCUCCACCGUGGCUCGAUGCCACCCGGCAGUGACAGCGACACGGAUGUGGAGGGCCUCGAGGACAUUGAAACUCCAAAAACGCAUCGGACCACACGUGAGGUUAUCGGGAUGGGUGCUAAGAAUGCCGCUGCUCCAGAUGUUGAUCCUCGGUGGCACGCCUGGACCAAGGGGGGGCUAAAUGUGGAGGGGACAGCCCCAAAUCUGGAUGUUGGUCAGCACAUGGACCUAAACGUGGACAGCGAUACCGGGGUCGAGGACAAUGGUGUGGUGCCAGAUGCUGGGGCAGUACAAGGGGGACAGGGGGCACCUGGUCAUCCAGAUGUGGUGAUGGCACCCUUAGAUCCAGAUGUUUCCCCUCCCAUGACCCCCCAGAGUGGCAGCGACACCGACGUGGAGGAGGUGGCCCCCACUCCCUACGUUCGGAGCCUCCGGAGCAAAACCCGACCCCGAAAUCCAGAUGUUGUGGACACCGCAAUGGGCAGCGAUACCAAUGUGGGGCUGACGGACCCCAAAUGCCAGAAACCAGCCCAAAAAAGGCAGAGUUUGCCCCCCAAAUCAUGCAGUGAUGGAGGUGUGGAAGGAGAGGUACCAAAACAGCAUGAUUUAGCCCCAAAUAGAGACGCGGAGGACCCGAAUCCAGAUGACAAGGUGCAACACAACCCCCAGACCUCAGUGAUGGGCAGCGAUACAGAUGUGGCGCCAGCUGGUCUGGCCCCCAAAUCUCCAAUUCUGGCCCCAGAUUUGAGCCUCAGUGGUGAUGCUGCUUGGGGAUCCAGGAGUGCUCAGGCCACCCCUCACGGGGACACGGAUGCGGAGGUGGCAGAAAGUGAAACUGAGGAUGACCCUGACCUCUUCCUGGAGCCCACCCAGAGCUUCCUGCCACCACCGGUGACCGAAGCAGAUGCAGCCCUGGGCUGGGACCCCGAGGAGGCCACACAGCUCUUCUGCCACCCCAAGCUGGAGGAGGAGGAGGAGGAGGAAGAGAAAGAGGAGAAGAAGGAGGAGGAAGAGGAGAAGGAGAAGGAAGAAGAAGAGAAGCAGGAGGAGGAAGAGGAGAAAAAGGAGGAGGAAGAGGAGAAGGAGGAGGAGGAGAAGGAGGAAGAGCCCCCCCAGGACAUCCCAGCCACCCGUGUCCCCCCAGCUGAGCUGGUGGUGGUGACACCAGCCCAGGAGGGAGCAGGGACCGGCGCAGCCCCCAGUGGUGACGUAACGGAGGGGCCCCGCCGCAGCCAGCGCCUGGCCCGAGGCCAUGGGGGCAGAGCCCCUAGAGGGGGCAGGGCCUCUGCUGUGGGAGGAGCCUCUGGAGGGGGCGUGGCCAGUCAGGCAAGGGGCGGGGCACUGCCACGCCCCACCCCCCCGCGCCGCAGCCCUCGCCUCCAGGCCUGCCCCUCCCCUGCUGAGCCACCAGCCAAGAAGGGGCGGGGCCAAGAGGAGCCACGCCCCCCGCCCCGGCCACGCCCCAAAAGGAGCGGCCACGCCCCCUCACAGAAGCAGACACGGGAGGAGGAGGAGCCACCGGAGGUCGCCGGGCUCCAGCUCCGCCCUCGGGGAGGCGCCGGCUCCUCCAGCCCCAAGGUGCUGUUCACAGGGGUGGUGGCCUCCCAGGACAUGGAGGUGGCCCUGGGCUCACUGGGGGGGUCCAUGGCCACCUCCGUUUUCGACUGCACCCACCUGGUGACUGACCGCGUCCGACGCACCGUCAAGUUCCUCUGCGCGGUGGCACGUGGCAUCCCCAUCGUCACCCCCAAGUGGCUCCACGAGAGUGCCCGCAGUGGCCGCGUGCUGGCCCCGGGGUCCUUCCUGGUGCGUGACAGCCAGCAGGAACGUCACUUCGGCUUCAGCUUGUCCCAGGCCCUCAGCCAUGCCCGCCGCCACCCCUUGCUCCAGGGCUACGAGGUCCACGUCACCCCCAGCGUCCGCCCUGAGCCCGAGCAGAUGCGGGACAUUGUCACCUGCAGUGGUGGCACCUUCUUGCCCACCAUGCCCUGCACCUAUGGGCCCCGGAGGCUGGUGAUCUCCUGCGGGGAGGAUUCGGGGUGCUGGGCGCCGGUGCUGAGCGCUCGCCUGCCCCUGGCCUCGGCCGAGCUCCUCCUGACCGGGCUCCUGCGGCAGCGCCUCCAGCUCCAGGACUUCCUCCUGGCCCCCCCGGAGAUCCCCCCAGGACCCUCAGGGGUCCCCCAAGAUCCCCCACCAAAGUCCCCUCAACCUCCUCCGGCGUCCCCUCGGCAUCUCCGCGCCCCCCCCCCGACGCAGGGCAGGAUGCGGCGGGACCCCCCCAGCACACGGCGGCACCCGCAGCCCCGGAAUAAAUGAUGGUUUUUGCACAA